AUGGCCUACCCGCCCCCUCCAGGUAUCUCAAGCGGCCCCUCUAACGGCAAUCCACCUUCUCACCCCUCCCUGCCCGCGAGGCCUCCUCCGAGCAAGUCAUCCGGAGGCUUCAAGCCCGCUUUCAAGCCUGCCUAUGGAGCUACAGCCUCAUCCGCGCCUACCUCCUACUCGAGCGCACCGACCUAUGCCAGCGCGCCCGCCGCCCAUUAUGGCUCCUCCUACGCAUCGUACUCGCAACAACCGUCGCCCUCGCCCUCGGUAGGUGGCGCCGGUCGCUAUACAGCACCAAUGCCCGCAUACGAUUCAUACGCACAACCCGGCGCCGGCUCUCGUUACGGCCAGGCCUCGAGCUACAAUGCGCCGCCUUCGACCUACGGCGCAGCGCCGCAGAUUCGCAACCCGUUCCCGAUUCCCGGCACCGGUGCCCCUGCCGCAGGCCCAUCCGCCGCCUCGGCCUCUGACUACGAUCCGGACAUGGCGAUGCAGAUAGCACAGUGGCAAAGCGCAUAUAGCUCGAACGGCACUAAGGACGCCAGCGGUAGAGAUCCCGUCGUCCCCGGCGGUCGCGGAGGCAUGCCCGGCGCAGGCAGCAAUGUCGCGACCCCUCCCAUCAUCGACCCCGCAGCCGCGGCCGCCGCGGCAGCAGCAGCGAACCAGCCUCCCGAGCGCAAGAAGACCGUCGUCCGCGAGGGCGGCGGCAAGAAGUGGACCGACGACACCCUCGCCGAGUGGGACCCGAGCCACCUGCGCCUGUUUGUCGGCAACCUCGCGGGCGAAGUCACAGACGAGUCCCUCCUCAAGGCCUUUUCGCGAUGGCAGUCGGUGCAGAAGGCGCGCGUGAUCCGCGACAAACGCACCGCCAAGUCCAAGGGGUACGGUUUCGUCUCCUUCAGCGACGCCGACGACUUCUUCCAGGCCGCCAAGGAGAUGAACGGCAAGUAUAUCCAGAGUCACCCGGUUACUGUGCGCAAGGCGAACACGGAGAUCAAGAUCACCAACGUCAAGGGCAAGGACCACCGCAGCAACCGCAAUAACAAGAACAAGAAGCACUCUGGCAACGGUGGUGGCGGUGGUGGCGGAGGAAACAAGAAUGCCGAUGGUACUGGGUAUGAACCCCACCUUGGCCCUGUGCAUAGUCACGGUGUCACCAAGCCCGGACAGAAGACCAAGAACGGUCUCAAGUUGCUUGGAUGA